UCGGAACAACCCGUGGAGAGGCUCGUCGCUCGACUCCGAUCACCCUGAGUUCUUCGUCGACGGCCAUGGACCACUCGCCUACGUCCGGAGCCCUCUUCAUCCUCUGGUGCCUUUUGGGGUCCGUUUGGAGUGGACCAACGCCCACGGUACCUCCUGCAAGUCUGAAGGACAGCCACUACACCCCUAGUCGACCCUUAAAAUCCAUCGUCGAGUUGGUUACGCCUAUAACCAAAUUGCCGGCGAUAACACCAAACUCGGAUGUACGGACAACAACGGUAACAUCGACGACAUCUGAAAGACCAAUUCCUGCCCUGAGACCUGUAUAUCGGCUUAAUGGUAGUAAUGGACAGGCUUGCAUCCUCUUGCAAGUGGACGCCAUUAUAACUGUCAUGUAUCGCACUAAACUGGGGAUUGACGAGAAAGUAGACAUAUAUGUCCCAGAUGAGGCAACUGUCACCGGUAAUUGCGACAGUGAGAAUACGGUUACGAUGUCUCUAAAAUGGAAAGCUUUCGUGUUAUCCUGGAGCUUUUCCAAGACCCCGGGUGGUGAGAGGUGGUACGUCGACAAAAUUGAAUUGACCUAUAAUUCCAGUGAGCGACACUUCGAGCACAUCGAUCAGCCAAAUAAAACAAUCCGACUCAGCUCAGAAAAGAAACACAGUCACAUGCUCUUCCCCACACCAGUUGGGAAAUCAUAUGUUUGUACGGACGACGUGAUAAUUCCUUUGACCGAUGGGAAGAAUGAAGCCACUGUAUUAUUAAGGGACAUGAAGCUACAGCCGUUCAAGUUCAAGAACAAUGAGUUCGCAGCUGAGUUUUCUUGCCGCUCUUUGAGUGCUCGUGCCGGUCGGGAUGAAACUGCACCAGUUGCAGUUGGAUCCACUCUUGCAGCUGCCGUUUUACUCACCAUUGCUGGAUACGCUGGAUGGAGAUAUUUCAAAGUCAAUAAAGUCAAGUACGAUACGAUGGAAUAA